AGGCCAUAUAGAGCCGUAGAGGUAGAGAAGGAAAGACAGAACCGCUGUCAUUACGAAGCAGCACUUGAUUGAAGCUGAAGCCUGGGGGGACUUUUAUUCGCCACCAUGUAUUUCGACGCCCUCCCCAACGAGAUCCUCUCCCACGUCUACGCCACCCUCCCCAACAUCGCCUCCGUCCUCGCCCUGGCCAGCACCUGCAAGCACCUCCACACCGUCUACCACUCCAGCCAACGCCUCUCCCUCCUCGCCACCGUCGCGGACACCGAAUUCGGACCCCUAGACGACAUCAUCCAGAUCUGCACCCACAACGCCUCGCAACCGGCGCACCACCACCGCACCGCCGCCCUCUCCACCGCCCUCCUCACCCAAAUCCUCUCCAUCGGCCGCACCGCCCUGGCAUGGGAGGACAUCUACCCCUUCAAGAAAUGGAAAUCCGACUUCGCCUCGCGCCGCCUCCUGUCGGCCCCGGAACGCCGUCGUCUCCGCCGCGCCCUCUACCGCCUCUGGCUCUACUCCCACGCCUUCCACACCCGCGACUACCCGCGCACCACCCGCAACCACCCCGCCACCAUCGCCGAACGUGCCGCCCUCCUGCACAACUGGACCACCGCCGACCUGGCCGCGAUGUGGGACGUGCACGUCGUGAUCAGAGACGUCGUCGCCAACAACGUCUGCCCCUCCAACGGCAAGAUCGCCGCGAAAUUCUCCAAACGCUAUCCCGAAUCCACUCACCAAUUACUCUUCAACAUCCACUACGCCCCACCCCCGGCCCCCUCCUUCUGCGCAACAGAAGCCUGGUUCAGCACCCCCUCGCUCAAAUACCCGGCGGUCAGCAACAGCAACCGUCUCCAACCGACCCGCUUCCACGAACCCGGCGGCGAAGGCUGGGGCGACGAGAUCCAGCAUUACUACGUCGUGGAGGACAUGAUGAAACUCGACCCCGGCCAAAUUUUGUUCCUGCGGAAUUUCUGCUCCCUAAAGUUGCACGUGCAGGCGUGGAUCCGCAUGAAUGUGCCCGGGGCGGCGGAGUGGUUCGUGGAGAAUGGGGAGACGUUUUCGGAGACGGUCGGGGUGGUGGUGCGGCAGCGCGGGGGUGAGAUGGAGGAGUUCCGGGUCGGGGUGGAGGAGGGGGCGAUGGGGGUGGCUUUGGCUGCCUCGUGAGGAUAUGGCUGAGUUUGCUAUGUACCUCCUCUUUAUGCGGUGGCGUGAGGGUGGGCGGGAUUUUGUCCGCCAUUUUGGGAAACUCUUGUUGAAAAGUCACACCGACGAUCCGCUGCCAUUUCGACGAA